AUGAAACAUCUUCUUCCCCAAUUCCGUUCCAUCUUGGUCAUCUAUUGCUUCUGCAUGUUACAGAUCUCCUCUUCAGGAUUUCCCCAGCCUUUAGCUGAUCCUCCAGAUGGUCUGGACGUUGGGCAGCUUGAGCGGCUGGCAUAUUGGGCAACUUGUUCUAGGCAGCCUAAGGAUGAUCAAGACGUACACAAAAGAUUUCUAUUUCACUACUGCAAAAGUCAGGAGCCGACACAUCCAGUUAAAACUGGGUUUCUUCCCGUGCACCCUUUAAUGCGUCUGGCUGCAAAGCUCGCCAACCGAAGGAUGAAGAAAUUUCUGCAGCGCGACUUGGGGGCUGCGGCAGUGGACUUGACCAGGAAGGAUCACGCUGCCACGUUGGGAAGACCAUUCUUCCUUUUCAGGCCAAGGAAUGGAAGAAACAUUGAAGAUAACACCCAGUAG